AUGGAUAGUGGUACACUUCAACAGGUUGCAAAAUGCGCCACGGCCGCUAUUUCCGACGGUUUUCAUCACGGCCGGACACACGACUCCACCUACACCCUGUACAGGUUGGGCGAGAGGCUGUCCAGCGGGGCUAGAUUAUACGUGGAGACCGGAAGGACCGAUGGCUUGGACGCCGACGGCGAUUCCCCCAACAGCCUGCACUCGUUCGCUGGGCCUCCAGUGCCCCAAGGGGAGGGAACCAGUAUCGCGAGAGCGUUUUUGGACGGCAAUCACACCCUGAUCAGCAUCAUGUCCCGUAUCAACCCCAGCCCGGACUGGUUCGUGGGUCUCGAUUCCUUCCAGCUCUGCGUCGAGGGGAACUGGGUGGACACGGUCACUGUCGAGCUGGACCCACUGGACGGUGGAACGGAUAACGGGUUCACAUUCACGGCUGCCAACUGGCCGACCCAGCCACAAGGAAUCGCCUACCGGAUCACAUCCAGAUACCCGGCGCAUCCAGCAGGAAGCUUCUAUUAUCCGAAUCUGCCUCGACUGCCGCCGAUAGCUACUCUCACCUUCACCAAGCUACGUGAGUACACGUUAACCGAAACGUAUCACGAGGACGACGUCGAGGUGGAGUUCGUCAGCAACGACAAUCUACUAGCGAACAGUCCGACCCCCAGGGGGAUCGAUCCGAAUAGGGACCUGAACGAGGCCAUCGCCGAGGAACGAAAGGAAAUGGACACUCAGCGAUACAGGUAUUGGACGACGACCGGAAACGGGCAAUCGGUGACAGACGUUCCACGGGACAACAAGGCGGCCAUUUUGGACAGCAUCGCGUCCUCGUACGCGUUGCAGAGGCCGAAAAUGGCCCCGACGAUCGCCCCUAAACUAUCGAAAUACAACGGGAAGAACGGCUGGCCGUAUUACCAGAAGUACAAGCAAACGGCGGAGGCGCAGAAGGCACAGAUUUUCGAGGAUAUACAGAGGAAGAUGGCGAACACGACUACCGGCGGUACUGGUGUCGGUCGCUCGUGGAAUUCCACGGACGUCACGACCCAGCACCGUCAGCACAGGCUCAGGAUGAAGCAUCACCGACCGACGUUCAAGGGGAAACGCCUGAGAACGCGUCCUCCGAGGGACUGCAAGGUCGGUGAAUGGGGACCGUGGAGUGCCUGCAGUCGUAGCUGCGGGGUUGGGGAGACUCAGAGGACGCGGAAGAUCACGAUAAAGCCGCGUCGCGGUGGAUCAUCGUGUCCGCCGUUGAAGGAUACCAAAUGGUGCGGCAGCGCGACCCCCUGCUCCGACAGCAAAUCCAUCGUGGACAGCUAUCAGUGGUAG